AUGGGAUGGAAUAGUUGGAAUAAUUUUCAUUGUAAAAUUAAUGAAACCUUAAUUAGAAGUACCGCUGAUAGCAUGAUUAAAUAUGGUUUUCUUAAUGCUGGCUAUAAAUAUUUAAACCUUGAUGAUUGUUGGUCAAGUCCUCAUAGAAAUUCAACUGGGUAUCUUAUGCCUGACCCAAAAAC